AUGAAGUUCGCGACCGUCUUGUGUAUCGUAGCUGGAAUAUUUUUAAUUGCCGAUACCAAUGGUUUCUUUCUUAGCCACAAGGAAAAAUGUGAAGUAUCACUUUUCAAAGGUGGCAAAGAUUUUAGUGGUGAAAAAAUUAUGGCACAUAAAUUAUUCGUGCCAAUUUUAAAAUCAAUUGGUACAGUGGCCAAAGCUUGUAAAGUUAAAGUUCAUGUUACUGAAUCAUAUAAAGAAUUAAAAACUCCAACUGAAUUUGUAUUAUCGUCAGAAAUGCCACUGGUGGUCGGACAUGGAAUUCGUUUUGAUUUACAAGAUCCAAAAGGAGGAGUUUUAUGCAAUAGAUUAUGCAUGGUAUCACGUACAUGGAAAACACUUCCUGAUGCUAACUGUUUUAUUACUGGUGUUCAAAAGAAAGGAAUCAAAUUUACGGAACCAAAUCUUCUAGAUGAUGGUAACGUAGCAAAAUUAAGUUCGACAGAUGCUGAUACACUCAAAGCAACAGUACAAAAAUUAUGUGCACCAAAAACCAAAGCACCUAAAGGUUAA